AGUGGGGAUGUCCUGCUUCGGAGCGGGAAUCUUCGUUGUGCCAGCGACUAAAAAGAGAAUUAAAUAUGGGUGAUGUUGAGAAAGGCAAGAAGAUUUUUAUUAUGAAGUGUUCCCAGUGCCACACCGUUGAAAAGGGAGGCAAGCACAAGACUGGGCCAAAUCUCCAUGGUCUCUUCGGGCGGAAGACAGGUCAGGCCCCUGGAUACUCUUACACAGUCGCCAAUAAGAACAAAGGCAUCACCUGGGGAGAGGAUACACUGAUGGAGUAUUUGGAGAAUCCCAAGAAGUACAUCCCUGGAAGAAAAAUGGUCUUUGCUGGCAUUAAGAAGAAGGAAGAAAGGGCAGACUUGAUAGCUUAUCUCAAAAAAGCUACUAAUGAGUAA